GGUGCGUUCCUGCGGUCUUUUAGCUGUCGUCGGUUAUCUGCAUCAUAAAUUUGCCAUCACCCUGUUUAAGUCAGAGGAUGUUUGCCCCGAAUCGGGUAUAAAACGAACCGCGGCGCGACAAAGCGGCACAGUCGUCUUCAAAUCCCAGCGAGAAUCGUUCCCAAGUGCACCAGGCAAACGGUCAACGGCUGGAAUCAUGAAUCUAUACGUGCUCCUGGUGGUGGUGUCGGUGUUCCUGCACUUCAUUCAAGCAGCGCCCAGUGUGGAUAUUUCCAACGACGAACUGCUGGAUGGAAAAUAUCUUUGUGAAGAUUUUCCAGCGUUAAGAGAGUUGUGUGGAAACAGCGCGAGUUUGCGACAAACUGGAUUUCCAAACGACGACCUUUCCACGUCGCCGUUGUUUAACGACUUUUACAAGCUCUUCCAACGCAAUGUAAAUAUUUUUCUGGCCAAAAACAAGAGCCCCGAGUCCUUGCAAGAGCGCUUCUCGAGAACAGUUUCGAAACGCGGCUUGGACAGCAUUGGUGGCGGCCACUUGAUAAAGCGGACGCCACUUGAUAGACAGCUCCUAAGCGACUAGAAAUUCCACAAUCCCCCAACUUCCGCACCACUCCAUUGACUUUGACAAUAUCGAGGACCGAGGACGGAGGACCGACAUGAAACUGAAGUGUACAUACAUACAUAAGCAGCAUGGUCUUUCUUUAAAUAUGCGCAUAUGAAUUGAUGUAGCUCCUAAUUGUUAAUAAAUUAUUGCAUUUGUAAA